AUGGCAGAUGUUUUGUGUUUGUCUUUGUAUGAGCCUUUACUUUUUAGUCUCUGUAUAAAGCCUCCACUUUCCACCACCUUCUCCCCACAAAUUUUCCCCUCUAAAUUUUUGUUUUUGCGCUGUGGGGUCUGCAUGGAUUUUGGCAAGCAGGGGAGAUGGGACAGUUGGAGCGACGAAUAUGAGCACCAAAAGGACGAGGAGUUGGAUAAUGAUAGCACAAAACGGCCUUAUGAGUGCACAUUUUGUAAGCGUGGGUUCACCAACGCACAAGCUCUUGGUGGCCAUAUGAACAUCCACCGCAAAGACAGAGCCAAAGCCAAACACCGCACCUCUUCCUCCCAUUCUAACCACCAAAUUUUCCCUCAUCUGUCAACCCAACCCACUGCCCCUCUACCACCCUCUUACCGGAUGUAUUUCGACACGACGGCGGCGGCCAUGGCGUCGAACUUCCCGAUUCACCAACAGAGAUCGGAGAGUGUGAGUGAAGAGCUGCUGCUGGGGGCAAAUCUUAGCCUCCAAGUUGAUCAAAACAGGGGUGUGUGGAAAAAUGAAGAGGUUGAUUUGGAGCUGCGAUUAGGGCAUGAAUAUCGCUGA